AUGGCGCCGAGAACCGACUUCCCUCCCGUCCGCGCCUGUCUCUUCGACAUGGAUGGGCUGCUUCUCGACACCGAGGAUUUGUACACGCUGUGCAUCAACCUCAUCCUUGAGAAGUACCAGCGCCCUCAGCUGCCGUGGAGCAUCAAGGCAAAGCUGCAAGGUCGUCCCGGCCCCGCUGCCAACAAGCUGUUCCACGACUGGGCCCAGCUGCCGAUCACGCAAGAGGAGUACAUCGAGCAGUACUACGCCCUCCAGGCCAAGCACUUCCCGACCACCCAGCCUCUGCCCGGCGUCCCGGAGCUGCUUUCCGCCCUCGGCCGCACCCGUUACUGGGACCUCAAGGCAAAGAAUGAUGAGACGAACAGCAACGGCAAGCCUGAGUCGUCUGACAACAACAAAGCCCCGCACCGCGUGCACAUCGCCCUGGCCACUUCGUCCCACGAGGCCAACUUCCGUCUGAAGACAAGCCACUUGACCGAGCUCUUCUCGGUCUUCGAGACCCCGCGCCGCGUCCUAGGCGACGACAAGCGCAUCGACCCCGGCCGCGGCAAGCCCCUGCCCGACAUCUACCUGCUCGCGCUUAAGACGAUCAACGACUCCCUCCCCGCGGGUGAGAAGCCCAUCACGCCGGAGGAGUGUCUCGUGUUCGAGGACAGCGUGCCGGGCGUCGAGGCCGGCCGCCGCGCCGGCAUGCGCGUCAUCUGGUGCCCGCAUCCGAUGCUCAAGAAGGAGUAUGCCGGCCGCGAAGCCGAGGUUCUCGCGGGGCGCACGGGCGAGGCCGGGAAUAUCGAUCUGCACCAGCUUGGUGAGAUUGACGACGGUUGGGCAGAGUACCUGCCCACCCUCGUCGAUUUUCCGUACGAUAAGUACGGUAUUGUUGUUCCCCCUAUCGAGGUGGAGAAAGACACGCGCAUGAUGGAGGGCGGCAAAGUCGCCGAUGGGGAGGUGGUGCAGGCGGUGGGCACCAUCUAA